UUUGUUUCUAAACAAAGUUACGAAUUUCUGCACGAUUUCUGCUUUACCGGCAUGGCCCGUGUCAAUGUCAGAAUAUCCGCCCCCUUGAAUUUAAUUAAAACGUGUAAACACUGAACUUGGGGUGCCCCAAUUUAUGUAAAAGCACUAAAAAUGUUGGUCCUUGUUUUGGGCGAUUUACACAUUCCUCAUAGAUGUAGCACUUUACCCCCUAAGUUUAAAAAACUGCUACUCCCCGGCCGCAUACAACACAUACUCUGUACGGGGAAUUUAUGUACGAAGGAGUCGUACGAUUAUCUCAAAACUUUAGCCAGUGAUGUGCACGUUGUGAGGGGCGAUUUUGAUGAUAAUUUGAAUUAUCCUGAACAGAAAGUUGUGACUGUGGGACAGUUUCGAAUUGGGUUGUUGCAUGGACAUCAAGUGGUGCCAUGGGGGGACCCUGAGUCACUAGCGCUGAUUCAGCGACAGCUAGAUGUGGAUAUCCUUAUUUCGGGACAUACUCAUAAGUUUGAAGCGUACGAACAUGAGAGUAAAUUUUACAUAAACCCCGGGUCGGCUACGGGGGCUUACAAUGCACUUGAUAUAACUGUAACGCCGUCUUUUGUCCUAAUGGAUAUACAGAAUACCACUGUUGUGACGUACGUUUACCAGCUUGUCGGUGACGAAGUUAAAGUAGAAAGGAUUGAAUUUAAAAAGAACUAAACCGGAUUUUAUAUUUAUGUGUAAAUUUUGUUAUUUAUAAGUACAAUUUUUCUUAUAAACUCAUUAUACAUCAAAUAAUUAUUUGUAAAUUUAGAAAAAAGAAUAUUUUUUUUGCAAUUUGCGAAAUUCAUCAAGGUGUAUUAAUUAUAUUAAUUUUUGGAAUCUAUUAUUUUAUACACAGAAAUUUGAAUAAAACCAUUUGUUAAUGCUA